AAGAUCAGUAGCUAAAAUGAUUCUCUUCUUCAGAGCUUUCUUCUUUCUUAUAAUUAUCAGCUUUUUCAUUUUCGUAGGAGCUCAAGCAAGAACUUUACUAGGAAAUCAUCAUGGGAUGGUGAAGUUGAAGUUGGAAAGUGGUAAUUAUGGAAGGACACCAUAUAUAACACCUACACCACCAACAUCAUCUCCACCAACAAAUCAGGAAAUAGUUAAUGGAAGACAUGAUCAUGUAUUACCACCUCCUUCUCCCAAGCAUGAACCAAUUAUUGGCCAACUCACAACAAUUAGUACUAGUCCUCAUCAUGACGCCGCCGCCGCGCCGCUCAUGAUUACAGUUGGUGGGAGGCACGAUCAUGUAGCGGCACCACCACCACCAGAGCCACAAGAUGAGCAAAGGCAGAUGAUUAUCACAUCCUCUUCUUCUACUUUGCCUCUUCAUGCUUCCUAUUAAGUGUUGAAGUGGACCUCAACCCCUGUUCUGAUACCAUGUUGAAGUUAAGCUUUUAAAUGAGAUAGUCAUACACUUCAACAUUAAGCUAUGUUAUGGGGACUUUAUAAUAUAAGUGUAGUAUUUUAUUUUAUUUUAUGUUAUAAAAGUAGCUAGAAUAUAUAUGUAAUCUGGUUUUAGUUCACUUGAUGAGUUACCUAGCUCUCCAGUCUCAAGAAUAGUAUGUGUAAUAGACGUCUUGUAAUGGAGUAACUACGUAGUUAGUAAAUGAAUUUGAGGGAGUGAUAUAUGGUUUUAACUUAUUAUAAUUAUAAAA